AUGACUUUAGUUUCGAGAAAGCUGCUAGGAUUUCGACGUAUUGGUGGAAAUAUUCGAUUUCAAUGUAUUUUAGGCCGCUCGUUUAGUACAUUCAAUAAAACAUUCAAUUCACAGGCUGUACAAGUAGUGGGAAAUCAAAGGUCAUUUCCAACCUCGAAUAGCCAUAGGGUGCCUAAGACAAUUAAAAAAUAUCCUAAGAGAUCGAAACGAGACUCUACUGAUAAGACAUCCAGAGAAAAUAUAUUACUAUUAGAAAUUAAUGAGCUAUUGAAUGAAUAUACUGGCCUGAAUUUAACAUUUGAUUCGAUCAGAAAUAUUGAUGGUUUAAUAGAAACGUUCCUUCACUCUUGGAAUAGACCAAACGUUGAAUUAAAUGAUGUAGAUAUUAUAUUCCAGACUUCGGAGGGUGAUGGUUUGGCUAUUGUUCCAAAAUCGGCUUAUACCACAGAGAUCAUGGACAAAAGUCUAAUUGACGAUAAGUAUACUGUAGUUAAAGUGCCGAAAAGUAUAGUUGGAGAUAAGGUGAAAGUCAAGAUUUUGAGACACUAUGAACUUUACGCUGAGGCAAAUUUAAUUAAAGUAUUGAAUUCGAGAUCUAGUGACGGUAAUCGUAAAGAUGAAUUGGUGAUAUGUGAUAAAUUUUCAACUUGUUCAGGCUGUCAAUUUCAAAUGAUAAAUUAUGAGGAACAGCUUAAAUUCAAGAAGUCAGUAAUACAGAGGGCAUAUAAAUUAUUCUUUCCUAAAUUAUUUUCUACCUAUAACGAAGACUUCGGAAAUAUAAUAGAGUCACCAAUGCAAUAUGCUUAUCGAACAAAGUUGACACCUCAUUAUGAGAUAUCUAGCAAUAAGAAUAAGGAUAAGAAUGGAAAUAUUAAUAUUGGUUUCAACCAUGUAAAUCCCACCAAACUGACAAUCGAUGUGGACUACUGUCCAAUUGCUUCACCAGCCAUAAACAGGGCUUUACCUCAUGUUAGAGCUAAUGUACAAUCGAAAGUAAAAGAAACACAAGAGGAUCUGAAUAUUAAAAAGAGACUUUCGAAAGGAGCAACUUUAUUGUUGAGAGAUAGUAUUCGAAUUAAUCAUCUGACAGGAGAACACGAACGUGUUUGUCUAACCAAGUACAAUAACAUUAUAACUGAAAAGAUUGGUGAUUUUGUUUUUCAAUUUCCAGCAUCAGAAUUUUUUCAGAAUAAUAACAGUAUAUUGCCACAUGUGUUAGACUAUAUUAGAUUCCAAAUUAACAAGAAACAAAAUUCAUAUAAAUAUAUUGUUGAUACCUACUGUGGUUCUGGUUUCUUUGGAAUCUCCUUAUCAAAGGACAUCCCAGAAGAUGGAAAGGUAUUUGGAAUUGAAGUUUCUAAACUAUCAAUAGAACAUGCGAUCCAUAAUGCUAAAUUGAAUGGCCUUUCAGUCCCGGAGAAAAUACAGUUUAUUGAAGGAAAUGCAAAUGCUAUAUUCACUAAUAAAGACUUUGUUAAUUCUGGAAUAAUUGGUGAUGAUUCAAUAGUCAUAAUUGAUCCGUCUAGGAAAGGUUCAAACAGAAAAUUCAUGCAGCAACUUUUGGAGUUUAAGCCAAAAUUGAUUAUUUAUGUCAGUUGUAAUGUUUUUACACAGGCUAGAGAUCUUGCAGAUUUUGAUGAUAUUCAGGCGGAACACAACAUUAGAUACAAAAUUCAAGAUAUUAUCGGAUUUGACUUCUUUCCACAAACUAAGCAUGUAGAAAGUAUUGCAAUACUAGAGUUGGAAGAGUAA